AAUCAUCAUGGAAACUGUGGUCGCAUUCUAUACAAAGAGGUAAACACUGGACAACUGACUCUACCAACAAUCGAUCAACUCCCUCAAAUCGUCCUCAGAGGGCAUUCCUUGCCGAAACAACGAAUCGCCGUAUCUCCGUUAACUGACCGCCGAAGAAAAUUGGCCAAUCUAGUUGAAUGCGGCGAUUUUGAAGUGAACAAGAAGCGAACUGAUAAAAGUUUUGAUAAGAAUGCUUAUUUGGGAAGGACGGGAGAGUUAUACGAUGAACUGAUAAUCGACUGGGAUCAAAUUUUCUUCAGUAAUCAUUUCCGUUUAUAUUCGGAAUUUUUGGAAGAGUUCAAUCGUCAAAUUCAAAGGAUCACCUAUAUAACACAAAACCACUGGCCAUUGGAUAUCAGUGAACUACUGCUGAGCUGUAGUGAGAAAUGGACAAAGUUUCUUUUGCAACAACCCAAACUCACCAAUUUUCUGAACUCGGUCGCGUCAUUACAGUUUGCAUCGAUUCCGAAGCUGCGAGUAUGUGUCACUGAGGAACUUCUCGAUAAUGGUCUCAAUAUUGCGACUUUAUUUGUUACUCCAAUCUCGCAUUCGUUUUCAGACGAAAUACGCAAGAUUGGCGAUAAAAUACCUCAUGCAGAAACAAAACUAUAUCCUAAGCUGUUUCCAUACACCAAAUAUGUUACUGUGAAAGACUUUGGAACAGAGUAUAAGACAAUUGCUGUGAAAUCGCCAUUAGCAUUGUUCAAAUUUGAAAUGAAACGAAUGAAUGAAAUCACAAACGAUAUCGAACAAUACACGUCGAAGGAUUAUGAAUUGGAGCGCUGGAAAAAGCUGAUUGAGGAUCUAGAUCAGCUUAAUGAGGAUGUUCUCAGAAAACAAUUAUUCCAUCGUCAAAAGCAAUUCCUUUUCGACUUCUCACAAUUCCAAAAUGUAUUCAUCGGUCGUCUGAAGGCUCAAAGGAUGAUACUUUACGAUGUUGCGAGAUCAUUUUUAGUAGAUGCAGCCAACAGUCUGAAGGUUUCCGAUUUGAUGUUAUGGUUAAAUUCCAGUAUUGAACGACUGUUCUUGCUAUCAACAAGCAAACUUCGCAAUAAAUCCCAAAACGAACAAAUCCUUCUGAUAAGUGAUGCGAUCAACACAGAUAUACCGCAGAUCAAGCAGCUGAUGGAUACUAUGCAUCAAACCCUCUUUUAUGUGAUGGAUUAUUUCGUAAUAAAAGGUCAAAAUCAUUUCAUUCAAUUAUUAUAUGUCUCAGCCAAGGACGUAACAUUUUACAUGUGUACUUGUUAUUUGUUGAAGGUAACCGAGCAAUCGAAUAAAAUGACUCUCGAAGGUGAAACGAUCCAGAAGGAAUUUGAUGUAGUGCAGAACAAGUAUCGCUCGUCGAACACAAUCUCCGAUUUGAAACGUGUUUCGCUUAAACUCAACGAAUUGCAUACGGAAUGUUCGAAGCUUUCUACGGAAUAUCCAGUCAUCAAAAAUCAGUUGCAGUUGUUCGAUUUGGAGCCGAUCAAGUGUGACAUACCCGCUUUGCUGCAUGAACUGACGUUAUUCAAACGAUUUUCCGAGUUGCAUUCGCAAAUUGCAGUUUGCGAAGAGAAAUGGCUUACUUGUAAUCCUCAUAUCAACGAAUUCAACAAUCUGGGAGUUCCAAAAAUAAUCGAGAACUUGAAAGCGGAGUUCAAAGAUUUACAGAAAACGCUCGACAAAGAGCGCGAUGAAUCAUUGUUUGACAUACUCAACGAAAUGAGAACUGCUGACACGACCGACAACAAACCAUUGCAGAUAAAAGAGUUGAUUGAGAUGAAUUUGAUCGCGAAUAUGAAGAAAAUUGAAGAGAUACUCAACGAAAUGAGAACUGCUGACACGACCGACAACAAACCAUUGCAGAUAAAAGAGUUGAUUGAGAUGAAUUUGAUCGCGAAUAUGAAGAAAAUUGAAGAGGUGAGUGCUGUAGCGAAUAAAGAGCUGAUGCUGGAGGAUAACGUAAAACUGAUGAAAGAACAAUGGACAAAUGUAGCACUUACGUUUGCCAAAUACAAGGAUACUGUGUCAGGUUGUAUAUUACUGCAGGAGUUCGAGUUGGUAGUGAUGCCGGAUCAGUUGAGACUUCUUCUCGAAACUCAUAUUAUUCGGACGCAGACAAUUCUGGCCUCUCCAUUUGUGACUCCUUUAACAAAUUUCGUUCGAGAAUGGGCUGAUGUUUUAGAGUUGAUUGAUGAAUUCUUCUCGUUAUAUUUCAAGAAGGCACUUUAUGCGAAAGUGGCCGAAACAAGUAAUAUCGCUAUCAUUACGAUCUUUAGGUUGUUUUUUCUCUCGAACAAUGAACUGAUGGAUUUGCUAUCUCGCGCACGCAAUAUCAACACCGCGGCUUCAUUCCUACCUAAAUUAUUCUCAUCUAUUCGUGCAUUCGAAUUUACAAACCGUGGUGAAGUAUGCGCUUUACUGAGUGGGACGGAACGACUGAAACUUUUGAAACCUGUCAGUGUAGUUCUUGCUAAGCGACACGUCGAAAAAUGGCUCACGGAUGUGGAGAAGGAAAUGAGAAAGACCGUAAAAGCACUGAUCAAGAAAGUUGUCGACGAGCACAGCCUCAACUUGGUACCACUGAGCGAACUGAUACAGGAACAACCUUCACAAAUUGUGCUUCUCUAUUAUAAGUUAUCAACAACGGAUGCGAUUCAAAAGACGUUGGAUGAGAAUCGCUCCUUUCAGGAGUUACGAUAUUAUUGGAGAAAUGAGAAUCUUAUGGUGGAGAUGCUGAAUUUUUCAACACAAUACGAAUAUGAAUUUAUUUCCGCUUUUGAUCUAACGAUUAUCACACGACAUGUGAAAAAAAUUUUAGCUGAACGAUUCGCAUACGGCGGUUUACUUUCUGGUCCGGCAGCGACUGGCAAAUCGCACACUGUGAAGCACCUGAGUAAAUCGUUGGGACGGUUCUUCUCGAUGUUCAACUGCUCGACUGAGAUUCGAGUCAAGCAAUUGGUAUCGCUAAUUAAAGGAUGCGUACUUUCUGGAUCAACGCUGUGUUUCGACGAAUUUAAUCGACUCACUACUCAUGGGCUGUCGGCAACGAUAUCCACAGUUCUUUCAAUCCAAAAAGCUGUCAUUACAGGCCAGAAUCGCUUAAGAUUACAUGAUAAUGAAUAUUCAGUCAACACUGCUUCUGCUAUUCAUGUCACAAUGAACUCGAAUUCGAUUGAAAGACGGUCACUUCCUGCCAAUGUUGACAGCGCAUUCCGACGUGUUGAAGUGAAUGCUUCGGAUUCUGAGCAAAUUGCCGUGAUUUUGCUCCAAAUGAGCAAACUAGAGCAGUCCAAGACGAUUGCACGUAUAAUCAUAAGUUUAUUGAGUAUGUGUUCACUUUUAAUUGGUCCUCGAAUUCAUCUGGAUUUUGAAUUGCGUGCACUGAAAGUGAUUUGUAAUGCUUGUACUAUGGAUGAAAAUCGUGAUGUUGGAGGCGAUACAGCCAGUAAAUUAGCCGCACGAUCCGCACUACGUGUCAUUGCGCCCGCUUUAUCACCAAUUGUUCGUUUCCUUUGA